CGUCGAAGUGCCACGGAUGGCAAAUCUUGCUGGAUGUAUCUGGCUCGGGAACCAUCGAAGAGCGACGGCUCUCGCUAGAUAGGCUUCUCAACACAAAGUUUCUCCAGUUUUGUUUAUUGGCUUUAUAUGAUCGCGUGCUGAUAUUUAGCAGAUUAACGGCGCAAAUGACCACUAAGCUAUGCAAAGAGUCAUUCCUCCCCGAAAGACUACCUCCCCGAGACGUCGGCAUCUUAAUAUCAUAUCUAUGUACCCUUGCGUUGCAGAAUCCGGACGCAUACUCAGAUCAGCUGAUUAAUAGGGCAACGAAGUGGCAGUGUCACCCUAGUGGACUACACGACCAAGAUCCUUGGAACAGAAACGACAAACAUCGGCGCAUGAUGGCCAAACGAGUCUUCGGAGAGUUGCAGGUUCAUGCCCUCACCGCCGCUCGUGCACUGGUUAUCCUGAACGUCAAGUGGUCACCGUCGCACCUUCUCGGGAUUACCAAAGAGAGCCCUAACCUCCUUGAUUUACUUCUGGAUUGUACCAUUCUUGAGCCAUGCGACGUCAACCCGGAAAGCGCAGCUACCUCACUGGCAUGCGAAAUAUUAUGCGCUCUGUUCAGGUGGCCGUCCGAGAUGAUACCUGGUGUAUCAACAUCGGAGUCUAAAGCCUUUGGUCUCGCCAAUACAAAGACGUUGUCCCAGUCGAUGAAGUUGCUUACUUCUCAAAAAAGAUGGGCGGAAAGACUUGUCGAAGCGUGGGCAGCCUCUGGAGCGUGGCUAGAAGGAGGCGAUGACCUCCAACGUCGUGUGGCUGCCGUCAAAAGUCUCUACGAUGGUAGCCGGUGUCCGUACAUGGAGGACGUAUCUGAGACGAUCUACGAAAUAAGAAGUUACGCUCGCAUUUCCAUUCUUCGGCUCAUCGCGACGAUGACACAUUGCGCGGACGCUGCCGGGGUCAAAAACGUCGACAUCUACUCUCUGUUGCCAGUAGCAUACCAAGCUUCCCUCAGGAACGACAUCGCCGAACAUCCUCUCGUAUACGAUAUUUGCGACUUGCCAACAUGGACUAAAGUACACGCCACUCGUGAUGACCACUUUGAUCCUUUCAUUGUGGCGCCAGAGUAUGUCCUGGGCCCUACAGCGUUUGCGCGCCUGUUGGUGAUUUUAGCCCAGCGAAACGCCCUGAAAACAGUACAGCUUCUCCAGAAGGCACCCGAAGGCCUCUCACCCCAUACCUCCCUGGCUCAGAUCCAGCAGAUAACACACCCAGAUAUCAUCCGGCGCUUUCUAGAGAUUUGCGUGCUGCGCACGAUGGACUAUUCUCGGGAGACGCUCCAGAGCGGGGAUGCCACUACCUCCUCCGACUCGGAUGCUUUGCGCUGCGACGCCUCUUUCGGUUAUACAGCCGAGCUCGCGGCGGCCGUAGUCGCUUUCCACAAUCUCACGGACGGCGCGUACACCAGCUUCAGUACCGCGCUCAGGGCGCGGUACUUGCUGGUGGUGUCGCUGGGCAGCGUAGCGAAGUAUUCGAUGCAGGUGCACCAGCACCGGCGCGCGUAUUUUGCGGCCCUCGCAGCGCUUGAUCUGAACAUGAACAGCGCCCCUGAUCAACGGGUUGAAGCUGGCUAUAUCCGGGAGUAUGAGAAGUUAGCCCGUGAGGCUGAGGUGGCACUUGACUCAAAGUCGUCUGUACAAAAGUAA